CCACCAUGAGCUUUUUAACAAAUUCAUGGGUACUUCUGAUAACCAACAGAAGGAGACUGUUGAUCCAUCCGAGGGCAUCAAAUCCACACCGUCCUGGUCGUCGAUGCCGAGGAGGUCAGAGAGAUCCACACGUGUGAGGACGGUGCUCAGUGAGUCCCAGCUCCACAUGCUGCAGACCUGUUACAGAGCUAAUCCCAGACCGGACGCUCUCAUGAAAGAGCAGCUGGUGGAAAUGACAGGCCUCAGUCCUCGGGUCAUCCGCGUCUGGUUCCAGAACAAGCGAUGCAAAGAUAAGAAGAGAGGUCUGAUGAUGAGAAGCACACAGCAGCAGCUUGAAGGCUGUCUGGUUUCAGAGGAGCCGCUACAGCUGGACAGUCCAGAGAGGCAGGACAGUGACGUGCUGAUAAACCCACCAUGGAAACUACUGACCGACUUCAUUCUACAGAAGGAUGCUGAACACAGAUCAUACCCGCAACUGGAAGUUUCCUGUUCUGCUGGAAGUGAAGUUGUGUCAAUAUCAGCUCAGUUAGCAGACACACCCAGCAGCCUGACAGCAAGUCCUGCAGACAUGAAAGAUGUGCAGGAAGCCUAUAACAAUAGGACCCCCUCUGCUCAAGACUUGCUUUGAGAAAAGAC